UAUUUUUCAUAGCUGCUUCGUCAUGCUUUUUUUUAGCUAUUAGCAGCACAUUUGCUAUUCCUUUGCCUUUUUUAAAACUUUUCUUCUUUCCAACUUGUUUCCAUGAUAUUCUAUCUUUUUGCAAUGUAACAAAAAAGUAUUAAAAUAACACAGCACACGAGCCAACUCGUCAGAAACACAUUUUUAUAAAUUGUGCGAACGUGAAAAUGCUCAGAGCCCGGAUAGCUCAGUCGGUAGAGCAUCAGACUUUUAAUCUGAGGGUCCAGGGUUCAAGUCCCUGUUCGGGCGAUAGUUUUUUUUGUUUUAGUUUUUCUUUUUCCUUUGCCCCGUAACAUUGAAAGUGAUAGAUAACGUGAUCUGUGUUUGAAGUUUUACAUACAUAUACAAAAAAAUAUUUCCCAUACUCGUUUUUAAUGCAAACUUGCUUCCAAAACAUGUUACAUAUCUGUACUGUACUUCGGCCUGUGUGAGAUUUGCGGCCCUAUUGUGUGAGUGUAAACAUUUACGGUCUAUGAUUACAAAUAAUUUGAUCUGACUAAGUGAACACUGAAGUCAAGCGUUGGUAAGCUUAGCUUCAGUAGACACAUAACAGUACUCCUGAUAUGUGAAUCAUACAACCAAAUCCUCUGAUUGCUGGGGAUGUAUGGCACGUAUUAAACCAUUUCAUUUAAGGCCAGUCAUUGAUUCAGAGCUGUUAUUAUUCACAGUGAGACCUCACAUUAUCCGACUGUCGGGGUUGUUGUUUAUGAAAGCGUCCAACUAAUUUGGGGAUUAAAUGCACUCACAAACAAAUAACACUGACGGGAGUGUGUAAUUUAGCUGAGAUGAUUAUGGACAUUAUCUCAGAACAGUGAUUGGGAACACCUAUAAAGUCUGUGUGUUUGCAGGUAAAAUGGCAACACUGAAGCCGUUCUGAGUCUGACCAGUGAAGAUGGAGUGGCUUAUCCUCCUGUGUCUGUUCUCCUCCUGUCUCUCAGCUGCACACACACAGAAAUUUUGUGUUUUCCCAAAAUGGAGACCUGUUGGUUUUAAAGAUCGUGAAGAGAACGAUGUUGGAGCAGCGAUGGAUGAAAUCAUUAAGGUUAAUGAGUUUCAUGCUUCUCACAUCAACGAUGGUUCUAACAUUCUGAGAGAGGGAGACAUUGCUGUUUCCACCGGAAGGCGUAACAAAGUCUGCUUUGCACGGAGUUGUCUCUGGUCAAAGUCAGUGGAUGGAUAUGUCUACAUUGCCUACAACUUAUCACCUGAAUACUCUGAAGUAGAGACAAAUCUGAUAAAGAAAGGGAUGGAGAACAUAGAGAAAGACACCUGUGUUCGAUUUGUUCCCCGGACGCACCAGAGAGACUACAUCGACAUCCAGCAAAAGUCUGGGUGUUGGUCUUACCUUGGUUCACGUGGUGGGAGACAGACUGUUUCCCUCCAGAGCCCUGACUGCCUGCAGGUUGGAGUGAUUUCCCACGAGUUCAUGCACGCUCUGGGCUUUGUGCACGAGCAGUCUCGCUUGGACCGGGACAACUAUGUCACCAUCAUGUGGCCAAACAUUUGGAGGGAUCGUUUAAGGAAUUUUGAGAAAUUCAGGACCGACACUCUGGACCUGCCAUAUGACUAUCGCUCCAUCAUGCACUUUGGAAUGUAUGCCUACUCUCAGGAUGGAGAACCAACCAUUGUUCCUAAGAACAAGAAAAACAUAAAGCUGGGCCAGGCUACGUCUCUGAGCCACAUUGACAAGCUUAAAAUAAACAACCUCUAUAAAUGCGGUGACAGGGAUCUAUACUGACGAAACUGUGUGGACAGAAGGCAGGAGUGCACUGAGAGAUAAUCUGGGGAACGUCGACUAUAACUGGGAAAUAAUUGCAAUAAAGUUUCAUAACAAGCUUUCUGAGUCUUUCCAUGUGUCUCUGUGCUGCUGUGUGAACAUUUCAUUAUGUUGGAUGGGAGGUGAAACGUCUUGGAUAAGACGAUCUGGAUGACAGAGAACCUACACAGAAUGUAGAAUGUCAAUAGUUUAACUACUAAAAGUUCAGUAAGAAAGUUCAGAAAAAUAAUAACAUUUUAAAAUCUGGUUUCUUGUUCUAAGAAAUAUCUAAAAGGAACAAAACUGAAGUUAUACAAAACCAGUAUUUAAAAUGUAAAAGAGUGAAUUAAAUACAA